CGUGGCGUUUCUACGAUAGCGUUGCUCCCCUCCCGCUCUCUGCGACGAUAAGUGUCCGCGGUUUUUUACCAAACAAAAAGGGGUUUAGGGUUUUAGGAGGUUUCAGGAUUCCGCUUACCGAGUGUCCGAAUUAGGGUCUCUAAUAGGAGGAGUUCGAUGUGGGCGCUUCGAAGAGCUUCAAACCCUUUGAGGUACCAUAUUCCCCAUGGUGCAGUUGCUCAAGCCUUUUGUUCUAAGUUGGAUACACAGUGUGGUAACUUGAAGCAUGAACAUUGGGAUUAUGAGUUAUAUGGAAAUACUGCUGCCUUUGUUUUACCAAAUUUCUUUCCUCAUGGACCAUCUCUUUCUGCAAUGCCUUCUCUCGGGAUCAGAAACCUCUCUUCGCAGGCUGGAGCCACGACCAGUGACAGUGAGGUGGACGAUGGUUUUUCUGAUCUAGAUUCACCCCCGGAAACUGAUAAAAUUGGUACUAUUGUAGACAAGGAGGAUAAUGAUGAGUUUGUCUCUGAACGAGAGAUCUCCGGAGAUGAGUCGAAAGUAGAUUCAGCGGAAGUUGGUGAUUGCUCCCUUCGUUUGUCAGAUAGCAAAUCACAAUCAAAUGGUGAAAAGGAACCCAGAAGAACAAGCGUGGCAUCUCCAUUUUUCAAGGUUGUAAUGGAUGCUCCACGACAGUCUUUUAAUGAUGCUCUUAAUAAAUGGGUGGAAGCAGGUAAUUCAUUGGGACGGGAUGAGAUUUCCAUGAUCGUGCAGAAUCUUCGGAAAAGGAGGUUCUAUGGAAAGGCCUUGCAGUUCUUGGAGUGGCUGGAAGCAAGUAAGCGUCUCGAUUUUGUAGAGCGAGAUUAUGCUUCACGUCUAGAUUUGGUUGCUAAAGUACAUGGUCUUCAAAAAGCUGAAAAGUACAUUAACAUGAUUCCAGAAUCCUUCAGUGGUGAGAUUAUAUACAGAACUCUUCUAGCCAAUUAUGUGUCUACGGGGAAUAUCAAGAAAUCUGAGGAAGUUUUCAACAAAAUAAGAGACCAUGGUUUGCCAAUUACUACAUUCUCUUGCAACCAACUACUCUUGCUAUAUAAAAGAGUUGACCGGAAGAAGAUGGUUGAUGUUCUUAUGAUGAUGGAAAAGGAAAAUAUCAAACCAUCUUCCUUCACAUACAGACUCUUGAUAGACACAAAAGGCCGCACAAAUGACAUAACAGGUAUGGAACAAAUUGUGGAGAAGAUGAAGGCUGAAGGAGUGGAGCUUGAUUUAGCAACCCAAGCUAUGAUUGCUAAGCACUAUAUCUUUGGGGGGUUGAACGAGAAAGCAGAAGCAACCCUGAAGGAGAUGGAGGGUGAUGACAUUAAAGAGAACCGCAAUGCCUGCAAAGUUCUUCUUCCUCUGUAUGCUGCUCUGGGCAAAGCAGAAGAUGUGGGGAGGAUCUGGAAAGUUUGCGAGGCUAAUCCCCGCCUUGAGGAGUGCUUAGCUGCCGUUGAAGCUUGGGGGAAGCUAGGGCAUGUGGAAGAUGCUGAGGAAGUCUUCGAGAACAUGUUGAAGACAUGGAAGAAUCUCUCUUCAAAAUAUUACAAUGCUUUACUGAAGGUUUAUGCAGACCAUAAACUUUUGUCCAAGGGUAAGGAACUGGCCAAGAGGAUGUCGGAUGCUGGGUGCAGGAUUGGACCUUUAACAUGGGAUGCACUUGUGAAGCUUUACGUGGAGGCCGGCGAGGUGGAGAAAGCUGACUCAAUAUUACAGAAGGCAGCUCAACAGAAUCUGAUUAGGCCUCUCUAUAGCUCGUACAUGGCUGUCUUGGACGAGUACUCAAAGAGGGGCAACAUCCAUAAUGCUGAGAAGAUAUUUCACAGGUUGAAACAGAGUGGGUACACCAUGAGGAUGACACAGUAUAAGUUGUUGCUUGAGGCCUACAUAAAUGGCAAAACUCCGGCUUACGGGUUUCGGGAGAGGAUGAAAGCUGAUAAUGUGUUCCCCAACAAGCAGGUGGCAGCACAAUUGGAAGCUGUUGAUGCUUUUAGAAAGACGCAUAUUUCAGAACUACUUGAUUGAGAAACAUUGUGUUAUUCAGGCAGAUGUCAUCGUUUAUAAUGAUGUCUUAUUUUCUCUCGAGUAUCACUUAUUUUUGCAAUGUAAAAAAAUCAUUUUAAUGUGGUCUGC